CAGAAAACAAAUCUUCCUGAAAAACUGCAAGCAGAGCUCCGGUAUCCACAGCAGCUCCCUGGUCUGAGUCUCAAUCUAGUAAGUACAAACUCCUCUCACAGGUGGAUCCUGCACUCGGAAGCUGAGAAGAGAGCAAGAGCUGUUUAGCUUUAGCACGUCUCAAAGCUUGCCCUCUACUGGCUUGAGUUAAAAAAUGCACGACUGAUUGAAAAAAAGAGUUCAACCAAGGAAACUUGGGGAUCAGCAAAGUAUUAAUUCUAUGCGGAACUGAAGGCUGUUUCAGUGGGACAAACCUCUGAAUUCGGGACUGUCCUGCACAAACCGGGACAGCUGGGAGGUGUUCCACAAGAGCCGCAGAGCAAAGUAAGAGCAGAUACACCAUAGACGGCUACGCUGUCAAAAUGCUGUGAAAACGCUGCUAAUACGCUCCAGGACUGGCGUCUGAAAAAGUGGUGUUCCACAAGAGCCGCAGAGCUAAGUAAGAGCAGCAACACUAAAGAUGGCUACGCUGUGAAAACGCUAAGACGCUCCAGGAACCGGCGUCUGAAAAAGUGGUAAACCUUUUUAACUUACCCAUCUACUCCUCACCACGGGCAGCUAAAAGCCCUAUAGGAUACAAACAAAGGAAAGAACAGUAGGAGUGCGGAAGUCCCAUACCCACAAAACAGAUUACAAAGACACCGCUUCUAAAGGAUACUCUGGGUAGAUUUGAAACCCAGAAAAUCUCAUCAUUUACAGAGCAAGAAGGAAAGUUGUUUCCCAAACCACACAUCAUCCAAGUGUCUUUAAACAAGGAAAAUAAGCGGUCUACUAUGACAUCUAGCAGACCAGCACUGCGUUUAGCAGCUUGCCUAUUAAAUGUAUCAGAGGCCAGGAAAAAGGAUAUCGUAGAGAGAAUAGCUACUGCUGCAUUGUAUGACAAACAUGGUCGGAUGCUUCCAGAAACAACUGUGCUGAACAUAUUUUCAGAUUAUGACUACAACCGUUCAGUCAUCACAAUAGCUGCUACAAGAGAUCAGUUAAGUACAUCUGUGGUGUCUGCAUGUGUUGAAGGAUUUUCAUGCAUUGAUUUAUCUCAACAUCAAGGAAUCCAUCCCUGUCUUGGGGCCAUAGAUCUGGUCCCUAUAUAUCCCUUAUCAGAUGUAAGUCUGGAAGAUUGUGGGCAUCUUGCAAGAGGAAUUGCAGAUGAGGUGGCCACACGUGUUCCAGGUUGUAGCUUGUUCCUUUUUGGUUAUGCAGACAAUAAAGAGAAGAAACAGCUGGCUGAAAAGCGCAAAAGUCUGGGAUGGUUUAAGAAGAAAACGGAGAUUAAUAUAAAUGAUUUGAAAGUGGAUGUUGGAGCGAAACCAUCCAUAAGAUAUGGAAUAACAGGUGUCGGUGCCAGCCCUUACGUGAUGAAUUGCAAUGUUACUCUUGUAACUGAAGACUUGGCCGCUGGAAGACAAAUAGCCGUUGCCAUCCGCAGCCGUACAAAAGGAGGGCUUAAUGGAGUACAAGCCAUGGCUUUUCCACAUAACGGGCAGAUUGAAAUAGCUUGUAAUGUUGAGAGCUUCAAAGACAUCCAUGGUUCUGAGAACACAAUGGACAAAAAUAAAUACAUCUCAUACUGUGAUUGCGGAGAGACUUUUGUUUACGUUUCUCCUUUGCAGAUAGAAACUCAAAUUAGAAAACUUGCAAUGGAACAAGGCAUCAGUGUUGCUGGGACUGCACUGGUUGGGUUUACCCCACAAGAGUGUAAACGUACAGCAGAAUAUGCCAUAGCUCGUGGAUUAGGAGAAUUCUGGAAAAAAAGAAGAGAGAAUUCUAUGUAAAAUGAAGACGAUUGUUAGAAUAUUACUUCUAAAUCCUUACAAUAUUGUGAUUUAUGGCAGCUACUGAAUAAUUAAUAAACAUUUAAUUACUCAAA